AUGACGGGACCAGCCGGGGCCUUACUGCGCUCCGGAUCCGAGGAUGCCCCGCUGGGCCCCGCCCCGCCCGGCCCCCGCCUGCCCUGCGGCGCCGGGCGGGGAGGUCUGACUCUUCCUCCCGCCGCCGCCCGGCCUCGUGUCUUUGCCCGGAACCGCGAUGAUCCCGGGGCCAUGUGGAAAGCUGCCCAGGCCGUGCUCGGAACCGCCGGGAUCCUCCUCCUACUCCGGAGGUCGAUGUCCACAUCGGCCCUUCUCUCCCAGAAGGCUGCGACCCUGACCGUCACGCCUACGAUUGGGCUGGCCGACGAGCUCCUGGACAUUAAAGGGGAAGGCUUAGGCCCGAGGGCGCGGGUGACCCUGCGAGCGUCGGCCGUCAGCUACCGAGGUCGCCUCUUUCACUCGCUGGCCCACUACGAGGCGGACGGCCGCGGGGGCUUGGACCUGGCCAGGGACCCGGCUCUGGGCGGCGACUUCACGGGCGUGGAGCCCAUGGGGCUCCUGUGGAGCCUCACGCCGGUCGGCUCAGAGGAUCCCUGCUUCAACCAGAUGCCGAGGGGCGUGAUGAAAAGCCCCCUCAAAGAGGAGGUGACCGUCCACCACGCACCGCGGCAGCCGGCGGUGUCGCUGGGCCCGGCGCUGGCCUCCGCCCAGGUGCAGCGCUGGUUCUCCAGCCCUGAGCUGCGCCGCGCUCGGCUGCAGGCCGGCCGCCUGCGGGGCGUCUUCUUGAGGCCCCCAGGAGACGGUCCUUUUCCUGGUUUGAUUGAUAUGUUUGGUGAUGGAGGAUUAAAUGAAUCUCGAGCUAGUCUCCUUGCUUGCCGAGGUUUUGCUACUUUGGCUUUGCCAUUUUUUGGCUAUGAAGAUCUACCUCCAAUCAUGAAGGACUUAAAUUUAGAUUACUUUGAGGAGGCAGCUAAAUAUGUGCAAAGUCACCCAAAGGUUAAAGGUCCAAACAUUGGAGUGAUUGGUUCUGGCAAAGGAGCCGAGUUGGCAUUUUCCAUGGCUAGCUUUCUCCCAAAUAUAGCUGCAGUUGUGAGCAUCAAUGGCUGCAUCUCUAACACAACUACUGCCCUUACAUGUGGUAGAUUCAUCCUGCCAGGACUGCCUUUCAACCUAGACAAAAUCUCUGCCAUGGGUUCAGGGGUUUACGAUGUUAAAGAAGCGCUGGAGGACCCCUUGGACCCAGCCUACCGGGAAAGCCGUAUCCCCCUUGAAAAAGCCAAUGCCCAUUUCCUUGUCAUAGUUGGAGAGGAUGACAGGCAUUGGAAGAGUUCUGUUUAUGCGGACAUAGCUGUGAAGCACCUCACAGAGCAUGGGAAGACGAAUUUCACUCUUUUAAGCUACCCUAAUGCUGGCCACAGAAUAGAUCCCCCUUACAGCCCUUUUUUCUCUGUAUCGCUGGAUCCCGUGUUGGGAGUGCCUGUUUUGGGAGGUGGACAGCUCAAAGCUCAUGCUGUUGCUCAGAUUGAGUCUUGGAAGAAGAUCUUGGAGUUUUUGCACUUGCAUCUAGGGUAA